AUGUCAUCACUAUCCAUUUUUUUGGCAAAACAUUUUCUCAUCCAGAUCUAUUAUGUGUUUUUAUUAAUCUUUUACCAUUUUCCUUCUUUUAAUAUCUCCUUUAUUAAUUUUUUUCUCCUUGUUCUUUUUCUCUUCUUUUUCUUUCCCCUUCUCCUUCCGUCUUCUCCUCAUCAAUUUUUUUCUUUUAUUUUUUUCAUUUCUUUCUCUAUUUUCGUUUUUUCUUUGUAUCUCUUUCCCUUUCCUUUCUUUUUCUUCCUCCUUCGUUUUUUUCUUCCCCUUUUUUCUCUCCUGCUGUUUUUUUCCUCUUUUCAUCCUUUUCUUCCUCCUUGUGUUUCUUAUUCUUUCAUCUUAUUCUUUCCCCUUCCAUUUCUUCUUCCAUAUUUAUCUUUCUUUUUUCUUUCUUUUUUCAUCUUCCUUUUGUUCCUUCUUGUCCUUCUAACUUCUUCCACCUUCCAUUGCUUUUCCUUCUCACUUCUUCUUCUCUUCUCCUUCUAUAUUUUCCUCUCCCUUCCUUUGCUUCUUUUUCUUCCAUGUUAUUCUUCCACUUUUGAUAUCUUCUGUUUUUCUUCCUUCUUCCAUUUCUUCUAUUAUUCUUUCAACUUACAUUUUUAUUUCUUUCUCCAUAUCUUCUUCUCCUCCUAUUUUUCUUCCCUCUUUCAUUUCUUCUUCACCUUCCCUUUUUAUUUCUUUCUCCAUUUCUUGCUCUACUCCUAUUUUUCUUCCUUCUUUCAUUUCUUCUAUUUUUCUUCCCUCUUUCAUUUCUUCUUCUCAUCCUGUUUUUCUUCCCUCUUUCAUUUCUUUUUCACCUUCCAUUUUUAUUCCUUUUCCUAUUUUUUCUUCUCCUCCUAUUUUUCUUCCCUCUUUCAUUUCUUCUUCACCUUCCCAUUUCAUUCCUUUCUCCAUUUCUUCUUCUCAUCCUGUUUUUCUUCCCUCUUUCACUUCUUUUUCACCUUCCAUUUUUAUUCCUUCUCCUAUUUUUCUUCCCUCUUUCAUUUCUUCUUCACUUUCCCAUUUCAUUCCUUUCUCCAUUUCUUCUUCUCAUCCUGUUUUUCUUCCCUCUUUCAUUUCUUUUUCACCUUCCAUUUUUAUUCCUUUUCCUAUUUUUUCUUCUCCUCCUAUUUUUCUUCCCUCUUUCAUUUCUUCUUCACUUUCCCUUUUUAUUCCUUUCUCCAUUUCUUCUUCUCAUCCUAUUAUUCUUCCCCCUUUCAUUUCUUCUUCUUCUAUUUUUCUUCCCUCUUUCAUUUCUUUUUCACCUUCCAUUUUUAUUCCUUUCGCUAUUUCUUCUUCUCCUCCUAUUUUUCUUCCUUCUUUCAUUUCUUCUUCUCCCUUUUGAUUCUUCUUCACCUAUGUUUCUUGCUCUUCUUUCUUCUCCCUUCCAUUUAUUCUUCAUCUUCCAUUUGUUCUACUUCCCCUAUUUUUCUAUUCACUCUUCCCUUCUAUCUCUUCUUCAAUUUCUUCAUUUUUUUUAAAACUUUUUCUUUCCAUUAA